GAGGACGACAAGACGAUCCUUUACCUCGCACGGCGACGGCUCAGUAGCAGGCACGCAACGCACGCUGCCGGAAGUUCGGCCUGUCGUCAAAGACUGUAACAGUCGGAUUAUCGCAUCGUUAUUACAAAGUAUCCCCCGAGAUGGCUGAUAGCGCGGCGCCCGGCGAAAAGUUGUCGAAAAACCGGUGAGAGCUCUUCGCCGAGAAGAUGUUAGGCUCGAUGCUGCUACGAAGCCUUAGGGCCUGUAACAGGGCUUUGCCGGCUACGGCGUUAACGUUCUGCGAAACACGUUGCAUCUUGCGUCACAUUUCCAUCUGCCAGCCUUUGCAUAAACAUGAGCUCAAGAGGAGGCAAAAAGCGGAGCAAAAAUUAAAGGAAAAGGCAGAAAAGGAAGCUGCCAAGAAGGAGGAGGUCAAGGAAGCUAAGAAGGAAUCGGCUGGAAAUGAGAUUUCUGAAGAAAACAUUAGCCCUAAUGAGUAUUUUAAGCUUAGAGGUCAAGCCAUUGAGAGGCUCAAGGCCAACAAUGACCACCCCUACCCACACAAAUUCCAUGUGUCGAUAUCCUUGGAAAACUUCAUUGAGAAGUACAGCAAUAAGGUAGCAGAUGGUGAGAUGCUGGAAAAUGAGUUUUGCAGUAUUGCUGGCAGAGUGCACUCUAUCAGAAGAGCUGGUGCCAAGCUUAUCUUCUUUGACCUCAGGGGAGAAGGAACUAAAGUUCAAGUGAUGGCCAAUGCCAGGCAUUACUACGAUGAGGAGAAAUACGUUGUAGAUACUGACAAAAUCGGCCGUGGUGAUAUUAUUGGAGUAGAGGGAUUCCCCUGCAAGAGCAAAAAGGGAGAAUUCUCAAUUAUGCCAAAAAGCAUAAAGCUUCUCAGUCCCUGCCUUCACAUGCUUCCACACUUACACUUUGGACUGAAAGAUAAGGAAACGAGGUUUAGGCAGCGUUACUUAGAUCUUAUCAUAAACGACAAAGUGAGGCAGAAAUUCUAUGUUCGCGCUAAAAUUAUUUCUUAUCUCCGCAAAUUCCUCGAUGAUCUGGGUUUCCUAGAAAUCGAGACUCCAAUGAUGAACAUGAUCGCCGGUGGUGCGACGGCUAAACCUUUCGUUACGCAUCACAACGACCUGAAUAUGGACCUGUACAUGAGAAUCGCUCCAGAGCUUUAUCACAAGAUGCUUGUAGUUGGUGGAAUUGACCGAGUGUACGAAGUCGGCAGGCAGUUCAGGAACGAGGGUAUCGACAUGACGCAUAAUCCCGAAUUCACGACCUGUGAGUUCUACAUGGCCUAUGCAGACUACAAUGACCUCAUGUCCAUUACUGAAGAGUUGGUCUCUGGCAUGGUCAAGACCAUACAUGGAACAUACAAAAUCAAGUAUCACCCAGAUGGGGAAGGCGGCGAGGAAGUGGAGAUCGACUUUACUCCGCCGUUCAAGCGAGUCUCCAUGGUUAAAACGCUGGAAGAGCUGUUGAAUGUCAAAUUCCCCAAGCCAACAGAGUUUAACACUCCCGAGACCAACAAGUUCCUUAUCGACCUAUGCGCAAAGCACGAAGUUGAGUGCCCGGCGCCUAAGACUACUGCCAGGUUAUUAGAUAAGCUCGUCGGAGACUUCAUUGAGGAGAAGUGCAUCAAUCCUACGUUUAUCAUGGAUCACCCACAAAUCAUGUCGCCACUCGCUAAAUGGCAUCGUUCUGAAGCUGGUCUUACGGAACGUUUCGAGCUUUUCGUAAUGAAAAAAGAAAUCUGCAAUGCUUACACUGAGUUGAAUGAUCCGUUCGUUCAAAGAGAAAGGUUUGAACAGCAAGCCAAAGACAAAGCAGCCGGUGAUGACGAAGCACAAUUAAUCGACGAGAACUUCUGCACUGCUCUUGAAUAUGGAUUACCUCCGACUGCUGGAUGGGGUAUCGGAAUCGACCGUCUCACGAUGUUCCUUACGGAUUCGAAUAAUAUCAAGGAGGUACUGUUCUUCCCUGCCAUGAAGCCAGAUGAUCCGAAUAAAAACAAAGAGGCAACAGAAGAAACUGCUGCUGUAAAUCAUCAGCCAGAAAAAAAGUAAAAUUCAAGGAAGGAUUUUCGUUAAAAAGUGAAUAAAAAUAAUUUAUCAAAAAAAUUGUUUUUAUAUUUCUCUGUCUGAUUCUUAGAGAUAAAGUAAAGACAAAGACUUGAAACAUAUUUGUAAUUUAAUUAUGAGAAUUAAAAAUACAUUUCAUAAUAAAUUAUUUUUCAUCAA